AUGCUACUCCGACGCUCCAAAGUUCGUGUCUCCUUGGUCUCCGCCCUGACCACAAUCUUAUUUUAUCAACAUUGGCCUCAACCUACUAUUCUAUUAAAACCUCAUCGUGCAAUAUCCAGUCCCCUUACAGAUCCAAACUCAUCGAUUCUUAUUAAUAGUAAGAUUGCUACGGCUUCUAUUACACUUCCACUACUAGGCAAAACUCGUACCACGAAAACACUGCCACGCAUUAUGAUGCUCACAGAUUGUCCAGUUGAAGUCUGGACUAGAAUAUUUAGCUUCGUUCAUGAUGACACUGGCUUGAAAUUGUUCCCAUUGAUAUGUAAACAGGCAAGAUGUGUAUCUGCUAGUCCAUCAUCAAAAGCACUUUACUUUUUGACAAGAUAUGGAAAAAACAUGUCCUUUUAUUUUGCAUAUCGAAAACAUCUAAAGGCCCUGGACCUGCUAGUUGUGCAAAUUAUGCUGCAAAAUGGUGCUCAAUUACCCAGAUUUGUCGCUCAAAAAAUUACCUCGGAUUACCAUAUGCAGUCGAGUGGUGGAAUAUCCACCCCGCUUUUUGUGUUUUUUGUCAAUCACACCUACAAUAUCUAUGCAGAUUUGGCCUUGUUUAAUGAAAAUGCAAGUACUUUUACAAGUGACCAUGCAGCAUUUGAACGUCUUGUCAGAGCUCCAAUCUCUGAUACUGCUGUGACAAUCGAAAAAGUAAACACUCUUAUUCAUCAGUUUAAAUUCAUACCCGUAUCAGAUCUAUGCAGCAAACCCAUUGCGGAAAGCAUCUACUACCUAUCACGCUUGAACCUAUCUUUCAUCCGUAAAUUGAUAGUCAAUGGAUUUGAUCUUUCUGUUGUCAAUGACAGCAUUAUGGAACGUGUUAUGAUCCAUCCGUAUCUUAACGUUAGAUACCUUAAACGGUACCUAGACGUUGGCUUUGUGCUCUCAAAUAUAUGCAUUAAACGCGCUCUUGCUGGUGGGCGUGUUCAUACAAUUGCUAUACUGCAUAAACUUGUUGAAGAAACAAAACUAAAAAAGUUGGCAUGCGAUACUAUCGAGGAUCUCUUUGGUCCUUAUUUGGAUCGCAACACCUCACUUAACGUUCCAUGGUCAUCAGAAACAGUGCAUCGCAUCAUUCAUACAUUCCAGAUCCCAGAUACAGUUAUUGCCAAAGCACUUUUGAGCAACCCUGACUCUGUAUGCACAUUUGAUCGCGUUCAUCCCGAGUUUCCGGUUACGCGAUGCUAUUUGAAAGCCAGGCCAUAUCCUGUUUGGGAAUGGGUUUUGGCAACCUAUGGGCCACAGCAUGAAUUUAGUAUUUCCUGUAUGGAUGAUGCACUUAGUCGGGCAGUCGCUGAUCAGGAACUGCACGAUCUUCACCAAAAGUAUUUGAGUGCAGGAUUUGUUUUUAGACCACGACACAUUAAAAUUCUAGCAUGUCGCUUGUUGCAUCGAAGUAUGACAGGCAACUCACUUCAACUGCUCAGGCAUCUUCGUGAACAAGUGAUAGCUCGUCAAAUGAAAGCGUUCGCAGAAGAUACUCAUUUAGACGAUACUGAUUCUGAUGGUGGGGAACGUACCUACAAUCGCUCCAAUCAUAGUCAUUCAGAUGAUAUCAACUGCAUUUCAAACACUGAAGUACUUGCUUUUCGCAAAUCAGUUUUGGAAGAAAUUGUAGAUAACGAAGAAUGGGGCACUCGUAUGCGCACCAUUCAACUUGAAGGUGGACCGCGCGGAGGUGCUAUUCGUAUCGAUCGUCCUCCUGAAGAUGCACUUCGAUUUCUUGAAGAAGCUAGACAGCUGUUAAGCGAACUCCGCGUCUCACCUCUGCCUACCAUACCAAUUCAAAGCACUGAGAAUUCAACUGCCAAAAACUCUAUGGAAAUAAACUCCAUCACUAUUGGUAUUUCAGGUUCAAAAAAAUCAUCAGAUUCUUGGAUCAGCCGAAUGCAAGAUUGGUGGCGAACGAGAAAUCUAAACCCCAUCACAUCUAAAAAACCAAAACCUCUUUAUAUUGAACCCGCACAAAGCUCCAUCUGA